UCGAUCGAUCCAGACGCCGACGUCACGAGUGGAACGACAGUGCGAGCGCGCACCCACCGCCUGCGCGGCUCCAUUCAGCCAUGGCGCAGCAGACGAACCGAGCAGCGGACGCCGGCUCGCGACUAGACGGAGGUGAUGACGUACAGGCCGAAGCUGGCCUGCUGCGACUGCGAAACCCGCACCUCUCGAAGAUGGCGACCGAUAACCUCUACCAUCUGGCCCUGGCCACGGAUACGCACGACCUGCGACAUAUGUUCGGCGACGUCAAGUUCGUGUGCAUGGGCGGUACUCCGGCGCGGAUGCAACAGUUCGCGCAGCUGGCCAAGCAUCGCCUGGGCAUCAAGCUGCCGACGGGUGCCGAGCUGUGUGACAUCAGCCACCGGUCGUAUCGCUACGCCAUGUACAAGUGCGGCCCCGUGCUGUCGGUCAGCCACGGCAUGGGCGCACCUUCCUUGUCCAUCCUGAUGCACGAGGUCCUCAAGCUGAUCCAUUAUGCGCGCUGCCAGGACGUCGUGCUCAUCCGCAUAGGCACCAGCGGUGGAAUUGGAAUCCCGCCCGGCACCGUAGUGGUCAGCACCGGGACCAUAAAUGGCCUGCUCAAGGAAGAGGUGGAGCUGCAUAUCCUCGGUGAAGUGGUGCGGCGGCCGUGUGUGCUGGACACCCAGCUGGCCAACGAGAUCGUCGCCAUGGGACGCCACUGCAUGGCCGGCACCAACGUGGUGGCCGGGAAGACACUGAGUUGCAACGACUUUUACGAAGGGCAAGCAAGACUAGACGGCGCCUUCUGCCACUACACGGAGGACGACAAGCUCGCGUUCCUCGAGAGGCUGCGUGAGCUGGGCGUCGUCAACAUCGAGAUGGAAUCCUCGCAAUUUGCAGCCAUGUGCUACCACACUGGAGUCAAAGGGUAUCGCUCUCUCCCACUUUGCAAGGAGACGCGGAUCGGUCGGUGGAGAGAAGUGCCUCUUCUCCGUGUUGCGCCCGUACCCGCUGGUACAUUCUGGCACGAAACACGUUGGUAUUUGGUUGCCCAGUCCUAACCCAUUGUAACGAAGAUAAAUCACACGCACAACCUACCUCCUGACAGCGAAAAAUAAAUAAAAAAUCUGGCGUUCAAGAGCGGUAGCUCACGCUACUUGCAUACUUGCAGGUCCCAAGGGCAACAUGAGCGCCCACAUCGACCACACCAUACCAUACACCGAAAGCUGCUGAAGCGCAAGUUACACACUACUAACGAUAAUGCACACACACAGGAAAAAUCAGGACCACUCGACAAGAAAACGCGAUGCAAAUGCUCACGGAUACUGCAGCGAUGGCAGCGUUGCUGCAGGGCAGCGUGGCUAGCGUAGCGCAAACUUCGACCGCAGCGCCAUUUCAGUGCCUAGGCGCAAAACGCGCCCGCUUUGGGAGGAGCAGUUUGCCAGGUUUGGCUAUAUAUGGUCAAAUUGAGAUACAUAAAAAAAUGUUUGGCGUCGACUUGGGCGAAUUGGCUACGUGGCUAUAUUUAGGCUACUGAAAAUCUGCGACUUGGCUUUGGGCUACGAGUGGCGCCGCAAUCCACGCUCUAGAAGUGGCUCUCACCUAGCAGAAAGAAAUCUCGAAGGCUAUAUUCUAGCUGGCUGAGCCGGCAGCGCAGCUGUGCGCGUGCGUGGAAUGUCCUCCGGCUCUCCCCGCACUCUGCGCCGUCGUCUGAGCCGGUGGUUCUGAUCUUGGAUGCAAUUAAAGCCGGCCUCGGCAACUCCACCACUUCGGUGGCAGUGGGGUGCCUCGAUGUCAGCGCCGCCUGCCACAAAGAAGCGCGGCAUUGCACCCUUCCAGUACACAGUAGUGGCAUCGAGGCGCCGUGUAUACUCUUAAAAUAGUUGCACUGUUUGGGCUGUAUACUUGCCUCACAACAAUAAUCGUUGUCUGUCUUGCCCGCAUUUCCUUUCUUUAAGGAUACGAGCCCGAUACUUCCAAGUCACGAACGGCAUGCCAGAGCAUUCUCGACAGGAAAGUAGCGAGCGCAGCAUUUUUGAGAACGGAAAGGCGAAAGACAGAUGAGGGUUAUUGUCGUGAGGUAAACAUACACCCCAAAAGGUGCAACUGUUUUUAGAGCCUAGAUAAUUAGCGCCAUCCAUCAGGCAUGCGGGAAAGCAAAUCCGCUACUUUCCCACCCCUACUCGCAUCUCCGCUCCCCUCGCCCUCUCUCGUAGCCCCCUCAUCUUCGACUUUGUCCUAGCGCGGAGGAAACAGUGGAAGAUGAUGGUGGAAAAGGACGGUGGUAUUUUGGCGUACCGUUACGAAAAAAACGCUGCUGGUGAGCCUCUCUUUCCAAACCUGUCGAAAUCGGUUCUAACGCUGUUGUCGCAAAAAAUCUGUUGUCGGCGUCGGACGUCGCUUGGCAAAAUAUCAUUCCAAACCACAACUAUGCAGGCCCUCCGCGUGGCGCAGAGGCAUUACUGAACUAAUUGAAUUGGUCACAGUAAAAUAAGUCAGAAAAAUCGUAAAGUACGGCCUAAGCACAAUUUACAGACAUGCUAGCGUAGGAGUUUAAUUUAGGUAUACCAGAAAACAUAAUUGUGUUACGCGAAAACUCAAACACAAACCCCUUUUCCGACCAGAGCGGCCCACUCGGUUCCUUAGAACAACACCGUCGCACGCGCAUGCGCAAGAAAGCUGCGAUUGCCAGGAAGCGUGACAAGUAGUCAGUUAUCUUCGAUGUCUAUCGAAACGUCCUCCAAAUUGUUGCACGCCUUUGCGCUUGCCUGUGUCGAACGCUGCUGUAGCCCGGUCGAACGUUGUCUGGUCUCCGUGACUAAGAGCGAUCACAGAAACAGACUGGCAACACGAACAUUAGAAAUGAACUUGCACGUAUGGAUGCUGCGAAAAAUUCGAGGCACAUGAGCGCUUCCUUGCCAGAUUUACCACUGGCGUGAUGUACGAUUUCCCAGAAAGGAAACUGUAGCUUCCACCGUGGUUCGAAAAUAAGCACCGGGAGCUCAUGGGACUACCCUAGGCUACCAUAGGCGCAUGAUACUGAACAUUACUUUGCGUUCAUGACAGCUAAAAACAGAGUUAGUAGUUAUUAUUAUUGUAUAUAUAACUAAAAAUAAUAAUUGAGUACUGUCUGUGAUGUAAUAAAGCACUGUGAUAGGCUUGAGACAAAGCUUAUUGGUUAAAUUUGUGCUUACUACGGGGUCUCUAGCGGAGAAUUGUGCCCUCACGACGGCAGCCACGCGGAGUAGGAGUACUACAUAGUUGUUUCCUCGGCAGCGCCGUGGUCAGUUUUGUUUUCGCCCUCUGCAGCGAAUCUGGGCCAACCGGAAAGUGUUCUGUGUGCACGCAGCAUGUAUAGUUGUUAUUGAUGUCAAGGUUCGACCGUCACGGACAUUUCGUUACGACGGGUUGCGCAAAAGAGAUUGCCGUAGACGAAUGCGAAAAUACAUAUCCAAAUAGAACUGCAAAUAAAAAAUUUCGAUAUUUGGCUGCC